AGGGGUGACGUUUUUUGAUAUUGUAGCACGAGCUUUAUCACAUUUGAAAGUUUGACACGCCUUGGUGUUCAGCGUGUAUGGCCACUGUGUCUUAUUUAGUAUGUAUUAUUUAGUACGGUGAAGCUCUACAGAUCCCCAUAUUUGUUAGUUUAAAAGAAACAAUAAGUGUGUAAAUGGUUGAUCGCCCAAAACUGUUACUUGCUAUUAGCCUGUUGCGGGACUUUUUAGCACCGUUACCUAGCAACACUAGGUAAAGCUUGUUGUUAUGCACGCUGCUGUCAGUCCGGGUCCAGACGGUCAGCGCUCCCUUGUAUAUAUUAUUAAUGAUGCCACAAAAACUAAACCUGUCCUGGAAGACAUUUGCCAAGAAAGAAAGAAGGGGGGUGAGAUAUUACACUACUGCUGCUAGUUUCGAGAUGAUGUUCAGACCGGGAGCUGUGGAUCGGAUCAACUUAAAAGUAAUGGCACACUGCUGCUGAAGAAGAACCAGAGUGAAGAGAUGUGGCACUUCUCUGUUGCAGAGUCCAUGGAGGGAGAUCCAGAAGAGUCAGACGAGGAUGCUCAGGGGGAGGAGAGGCCUGUAGUGCUGUGGGAAAAGUCCAUCGAGCAGAGCUUCUUUGUUGAUCUCAGUGAGGAUGAAAGUCUCCACUUCAGUGAUCUGGAGCGUUCUUUGGCCUUACACCUGUCUCAAGCAGAGUCUGCUGCCUCUGAAGCCAGCAUCCAUCUGAGUGGGGGUGCAGAGCUGUCUGGCUUGGAUGACACCUCCUCAGAGAGCAGUGUCAGCAAUCAGAGUGGGAGGGUGGUAGAGAUCAGAUCCAAGGGCAAUUUCUUACAUUUGCAUGCCCAAAGACCAAACACCAUGCAAGAUGAGCUGCCCAUAAACCAGGAAAGUGAGGACGCAGGACAAAAUACCAGUGAUGAAGAUCAGGAAGACCUGCCGUAUGAUGGCAACCUUGGAAGCCCCUACUUCAACCAGAAAGAUAGCUCUGAAGGCAGCAUUAGCUCUGAUGGAGGACACACUGUUCAUGCAAGUCCUGAUCUUUCUGAUGAGCUUGAAUUGGUGCAAGAAGAUGCCUACAUCAAACGGGACAAAGUUUUUGAUGCUUCCAAGCCAAGUGAGGUUGGUGUACCGUGUCCUGGGGCUGCAGAUAUUAACCAGUUAUUGCUGCGACACUUCUCCCAGGAGGAGUUGCUGAGGUCGGGUAGGCUGAUCGAGGCAGAGACCCUGCCAGAGGUGUCCCUGCUGGAGAGUGCAGACGACAGCGUUUUUAGCUGGGCUCCAACACGCAACAGCAAAACUGUGAAUAGUAACCACACAGAGAGCUCAGAGGAAAAGAGUAAUGCUGCAUCAAAAAAAGCAAGUUUAGAGGAGCAGACAGAAAAGAUGGCUGCUAGUUUCACAUCUGCUGCUUAUGCAAACAACGCAUCCAACUCUGCAAGUACAGAUUCUGACCAGACCAGUGGGGAUUUCAGGGCAGAUGAAGCGAAGCAGGAGAAAGAAAAUGAGGAGGAGGAGGUGCAGAGAGUUCCUCUGGUGCGUACGAGAUCCUUCAGUGAGAUGAAGUAUGGCCAAGGCCAAGUCCAUUAUCCACUCCCUGACUUCUCCAAGGUUGCCCCUAAAGUCAGAAUCCCCAAAGCUCCAGCCAGAUCAGUUCCUCAGUGCCCUAGCACCAUGCACAGAGCCCAGUCUUCCCCAGGCAUGUUAGACGUGAUCAGCAGAGUCCUGGAGGACUCGUGCCAGCCAACAGGGAAAGCUAAUGUCUUUAAAGACAAUGACAAGCAUCCUCCUCCUGCACUGGUGCACCAUCUGCAGGCUGAAUAUGAUAAAUUAUUAACUAAGUAUGCAGAGGCAGAGAACCUCAUAGAUCAGAUGAGAAUAGGAACCAAUGCUCAGCCCUCCUCAGAAGUGAUGCUUUAUUUAGAGGAUGAUGAUGAUGAUGAUGAUCAGGGGGAGUUAGCUGAGGGGGGCCAUCUUGGAUACCGAGUUCCUCACCUUCCCCCAUCAGAAAACAUAAGUGAAAAAGGAGAAUCAGCUCCCCACAGAACCAUUAAGGAGGCGACCACAGCUUCCUCCAGCGAGCUUCAAGAUAAUCCCAGUGACGGGGAACGAAUGACUGCUGAGCUGAGAGACAUCAUCAACCAGUUCACGCAGAAGGUGGAUGAAUUUAGGUUUACUGUGAGCAACUUGGCUGUAAGCACAGAAGAAAAGCAAAAGAUGUUGAGGAGCAUGAUGGAGGCACAAGACCAGCUGGAAAGAAAAUACAUCAGUAAGAAGGAAGAGCACAGAGCUCUGGAGAUGCAGAACUACAUGGGCUUAUCCAGGAACACAGGCACUUUUGAUCCUAACAGACUAGUGGAAGGAGACAUAUUCAGGAUAGGCAUGCAUCUUGAGGACAUUAAGGAGAUAAUAGACAAAAACAUGUGUGAGCAGAUUUCCCCUCCUCACUCAACAUCCACUCCCACGCCUGUGACAGUACCCACUCCCGUCUGCAUGUCCACACCUUCACCUCCACCAUCCCUGCAUGAGGGGCAAAGUAAUAAGAUGGACCCACAAGAAGAAGCAGAGGGGGGCAGUGAGAUUCAUGUAAAAGGUGGAUUAGGCCAAAUCAGUGAGCUCAUAACUGCUGAACAUCUGCUGAAAAACACUGGACAUAACUGCCGGUCACGCCACUCACCGGGCUCCUUGGUGGGACUUGAUGGCCGUACAGCUGAGGAUGAGGAGGAGAGGAGCUCUGCUUUGUCAGAGGCAACAGAUCACAACAAUCUCUUAGCUUGCCUGAGUGGGAACAAGUCCAUCUCACAGAGGCAGUGGACAGCCAGCAGCCAUAGUGUCCUAGAUAGUGUCUUCAAACAAAACGAUGAAUGUGAUCUGGGUGAUUGUGUUAGUCUGGCAGUGGAGGUCUCCUGUUCCGCUGGUGCACCGAGAGACUCGGACAGCCACAGUCUCUCAGAGCUGGAUCUCAACACCUCAUGUGCAUCACAGAGAAUUGUGAGUUCAGAAACAGACAGUGGAUUUGGGAGCUCUUACUUGAAUCAGUCGGGCUCUGGACCUUUUCAACCAAAUCUGCUCACAGAAAGUGUGCAGUCCCAGAAAGAAGGUUUAAGUAGCUCAGACAGUGAAGACUCCUGCUCCAACCUGCAGACAACCAUCCAUUCAGCUGCCCUCACUGGCUACCAGCAGGCCAGCCUCCACCCAUCUGUCCAAACACAACACUGUGGAGCAGCAGCUGCAGUGAAGCUGUGGGUGGAGAGUACCGCUAAGAAACCUUCAGCGAUGCUGCAGGGGUCUGACCAAAACCUGCCUGCCCAGCACCAUCAACACACAUCUCAACCUCUGCUCAGCACCACCAGGGAUACUGAUGGCAGAGGCAGCCCUCUGUACUCCUGCUCCUGUAAUAGUGAGGCUAUCCUGGCCUUGCAGUCAGAGGUGUCCAGGCUAAAGAAGGACCUGGAGAUGGGCUUAGUACAGUUACCUCACUUAGCUCAGAAGAUGGACUAUCUCACCUCAAAAUACAGAGAAGAAUGUCAGGAGCACAGAUCUAAAACCAGGACGUUCCAAAGUCCAGCCUGUAACAGUGUGGGGAAUUCAAGCAGCAGAGGUGUGAGUAACCUCAGCUGCAGUGAGGCAAGGAUGGAGGACUGGAUCUCAUCAGACAUGGGCCUCAGCCAGAGCAAAGGUACAGGCAGCAGUGAAACAAGCUGCUCUGAGAUAAUGUUGCAGUUACACAGUUCACCUGCAGGGAGCAGAAAAGGUGGCAGAGACGUACCCUCAGCACCUGAGUUUCAGUAUAAAGUUUGUCCUGCUGUGUGGACAGAGGGAAGCCGCUCAGUGGAAACUUCUGGGUUGAAAAACUACAGUUUAAAAGGAGAGAAAGACAGGAUUCCUGACUUCAAGCAGAGACCAAAGACCAUCGCGAAGAGUUUAUACUCCAAGGAUAGAUGGUCUCUUCUCUCCAGCCCGUUUCUCCACAAGCCGCUGCUCCAGGUCAGCUACGGCUCCUCCUGCAGUCUGCCAGCCAGCUAUAAAGUCAGAGAGACGCCGCUGCAGUCCACGUCCCAUCACAGAAAACGUUCCACCCAGUCAGACACAGCACUCCUGCCCAGCAACGUGUACUUUCAGCGGACACCGUCUCCAGCAUCGGUGCCUUUCAAGACUGGCAGUAGGACAAGCAGACGCAGCAGGAGCAAGGAGGAAGACAUGAACAAGACUCUGGACCAGGCAAUUGAGGUGGCUCGCAGCAUGAAGAGGACCACCGACCGUAUGGCCAGGAGGCUGUCUGCAGAUCUGGCUAAGGCUCAGCUACACAGGAAACUGCACCACAUGCAACCACUAGGUGGCAGGAAACACCAGGAGUUGUAGCACACUGGCUUUGGUUGUUUAUACUUCUGUCAUCCCUCUACCAGUUCAUAGGACACCUGAUACCCUCAAAGAGCAUGUUAAUUACAGUAUAUCUGAUUUACAGAUGUGGGUUUGUGAUACAUUUGUUUUUCUUUUCUUUUAAACAAAAAAGCUGAAAUUACUUAAAUCACAUAGUAAAACCUUAAAAUCGCACCUGUGUAUAGCAAUUUUUUUUUUAAUUAAAUUGAUAUUUUUAUGCAACAUUUUGUUUACAAGGGCUGUCUUCAUAUUUUUGAUUUGAUCUCAAGGCCUCUUAAGAAAAUGUAAUCCAUCCAUCAUAACCUUAUUCUCAAUAGUGUCCAAACUGUAUUCAAAACAAAUACUGUGAGGCACAAUGUGAUCCCACAGUGAAGACAACACUUGUCACGCAAUUCAAUUUCACUUAUGAGAUGAAGCAGUAAAUGUAAACAUGAUCUUUUCCCAGUGCUCCGUGUCACCGAACACCCUGGUAUUCUUUUUAUACACCAGUUAAAGGAGAGAAGCUAAGUUGAAUGUGUGAUUUAUAGGGGGAAAUGUAGAAAAAUAAAUCAAAAAAGUGACCUUUAUUUUUCUUUUUUAAUUGUUACAAAACCAAAACCAAACAAGCAAACAAAAACAUGGGGUGAGUGCAGCAAGUCAAAUAUGUGCUCAGUCAGACAGACAUCAGGUGAGUGGCUCGACCAGUUUAUGGUUUUUCAUAUGUUUUACUUUGACUGCUUCAGUUGUAUGUUUAUGAUCAUUGUCCCACUGAAUGAUGAAAUAUCAUCCAGUGAGUUCUGAUGCAUUUGAUUGAAUCUUAGCAGACACACUUGCCCUCCUCACUCUGUCAGUUUGGCAUUUGUAGUUUUCCUGUUUGUACACCUAAACAGAGACCACAAAGAACAUUUUAAAUAGAACACACAGUGUGUUUUUAAUCUUAAUUACUAGCUGAUGAUGCAACUUAUUUGAACAUUUGCCUCACUGCCAGUUUCCAUGAUCUGAAAUUCACUCAAACACACAGUUGAAAAGCCACACAUUCUCUCACUGGAGGUUUCUUACAAAGCAGCUGGCAGUUUUCCAGUUCAGUGAACAACAUAGAGUAUUCCUGUGUGGAUUCAGAGUGGGACAUCCGAUCACUGAAUCCUGCAGUGAUUGGAUAACACAUCCACAGAGAGAAAAAAAAAGUUGGACAUAUUUGGAUU